AUGACAUUCAAAUUGAAUGCCGAUGAAAUCAAGUUUGACCAAGUAUACGAUAAUGGAUUCCACUCUUUACAGCAGUUUGAAAUAAGCAAUUUAACAGACAACUACUUGUGUAUACAGCUUGAUGCUAGCGAUUUGAAAGAUCAAGUCAUCUUCCAGCUCCACAAUGAAAACAUCAGCGAGACGACCUCUGUGGCAACAAAUACAGUCAACACACCACAAGACUUUUCACAAUUUAAUCAAGUGUUUAAUUACGUCAACCAUAUUCAUAGUAUCGAAUUGGAACCACAACAAACACACUCAUUCAUCAUUGCAUUCUUACCCGAGGCAAGGCAGCAGCCGUCAUUUGUAUUUAGAACCGUAAAGGGCAUCAUUCGAUUCGCUUCUCUUGAUUACACCUUAAAUAUAGACUUUCAUGCUACUGUAUGUCAGUCUGUGCUGGCUGCUGACGAACUUGACACUGGGCUUAUCUUCGAGGAUAGCGUCGUAGGCGAAACAUACAUCAAGGAUGUAACCAUACGUAACCUUUCUGCUAUUGAUCUUCACUGGCGAUUGAACACUUUGGAUCUGAAUGAACAGCAACAAUACGGAAGCAGCGAUGAUGAUUGGUUGCAAUUUGUAGAUGCAUGCACGUUUAUGACGCUGGGAUCAUUCGAGCCGAUUGCCCCUUUCUCCAUCUAUACAUUUAGAGUUGUUUUUACGCCAAAAGAGGUCGGCAAGUUCAACUAUGAUCUUCAGAUCGAGAAUAUCAACGAUGUCCAGAAUGUUAUUCAAACCAAGAUUCACGCGACGAUACAGCGAUUCAUGCAUAGAGACACACUGAUGGUGAGCAGUGGCAAUAUAUUGGACUUUGGCGAUUGUAUUGCUGGUCACUGGUCGAUGCAACAGAUGGUAUUGAACAAUGUAAGCGAAUCGGCAAUCGAGGUGCGCUUUAGCUCAGAAGGAGGGGCUGAAUUAGCAUUCAAUGUUAAGGCAAAACCAGAGGAUCAAGAGCUGGAAUGCGAUAACAGCAACAGCACACCCACACUCUCCACGAACACCAGCAUCACGGAAAAGCAGCUGCCACUACCGCAGCAAUCAAAUACACCAGACACCUUGUUCGCCAGGCCCAUUUCACCCAGUGCUAAAACAUACUCCUCUCAGGAAGAUUAUGCAUCGUCUAUCAAUUCAUAUACUUCAACAGAUGUAGACUUUGACAUGUUGACCGUAUUCAAUGAAAUGUAUGCGCACAAUACAAGCACCUCCUCAUCAUCGACAUCGACGUUACCCAUCAAACAAUACCAAGAUCAACAGGAAGAGAACACAACAAAGAUCGAAGACAUGAUACUGCGUCCAGGUGCUGAGAGAAUCAUCCAAGUGUCCUACCGUCCUGCCAAAGCCGAGCUGAAUGGUGUUCACGCUGGCCAACUCACCCGGCAAAACAACUUUGGUAUAUUGCUUGAAUACAGACCCAACAAGUCAGCCAAACCAAAAGAGCUUAAAUUAAUUCAGUGCAAAGCAAAGACGUGCACAUCAUUUGUAAGCGUUACACCUCAAAUAAUUGACUUUGGAGACACAGAUGUCGGCACACAGAAAUCGCAAUCCAUCUCCAUUACAAAUCUGUCAGAGAUAUGUGCACAUGUAGAACUAGUGUUUGAAUCCAAAGUCAUUAGCUGCACUCAAGGGGAAUUGCUGAUUCAACCCAAAAGCACAGUGGAGCUCAAGCUGGAUAUUUAUCCAAGAAAGAUCAACACCUCGUAUAAAAGACAAAUCAAAUUAGUCAACUAUCUGAACCGAGAAAAUGACCAAAUCAUAGAAGUUUGUAGCAGGCACGUCGACAAUCACAGAGUGACAUUUCAUUCACUGUUCUACCAGCUACUGACACCUACAGGCGCCAAUUACCUGGACUUUGGCCCCAUUGCUCUCAAUUCACCUGCCAUCCGCACAUGCACAUUGAUCAAUGUUAAAGAUGCUCCUUUACUGCUAGGCAUCUCCACAUCAUUACCCGAGGAAAUUGUCAUCUACACCAAGAGAAAGAGAUACAACCCGAGAAAACUGCUGUCCACCACGCCAUCCUCCUCGUCUCUUCAGCGCUUUGAAGAAGACAUUGAGAAACCGUCGUCUGUCGUGACAAACACAUUGAUUGCAAUGAAUCAUCGCACCCGUAUGACAAAUGUGCAGUACGCUUCUACUGCCUACUUGGAUUUAGCCACUGUGCCACAUGUUCAAUUAAUGUCAAUUAAGCAUCAGCGAAAGGUGGCAGCCAGACGCUUACUGUCAGGCAAGUCGGUCAAGGACACUACCACUGUGACAACCGGUACUUCCAUAGCAACUGCUACAAAGGAAGCCAAACUAUCCUCCACUGUCAAUACGACGGCCACCAUCAAGAAACUAUCGUCUGCUGCUGGCCAAAAAUUAUUUGCUCAAAAACGGAUAAGAAAGAGGAAAGAACAGCAACAGCAACCAUAUCCGCAUUCACCUGGCAUCGAAUACCCGUGCACAGGAAUCACAGCGACUGCUCAGCAACUAAAAAAGAAGCAGAAAAACAUCGACUGGCCAGACAUUGCAGGCAAAGCCCAAGUUCCAUUAGACGACCUCAUCUCCAUCUUGGAGCAUGGCUCAUUAUCCCGCACCCCUUUGUUUCCUAGACAAUCGCUAGAAGAACAGUUUGUAAAAUACCAAUUAGCAUGGCGUACAGAGCUGGAUCGAUUGAUUGAAAAGGGAGAGAUAGUGCCAACACCCCUUCUACAACUAGACCCCAAAGAAGAAACCGAAAUCAUUAUUGUAUAUACCCCAAGGAAGGAUCAUUGGCAAUCAUCCCUGACGACCAAAAAAGCAGCGGCACUGUCUAUUCGACUCAUUGAUUUUGACCAUUCAUCUGACGAAGAUGAAGAAGCAAACUUGGAGGAUAGGAAAACCCCUGUUGUGCGCAAAGUGAUUGUGCGUGCUCAAGUAUGCAAGUCAUCGAUGGAGGUUGGUCAACGCAACAUCAACUUUGGGCUUGUGGACAAAGGAGAAAAGCACUAUAAAACCAUUGUGUUGCAUAACAAGUCAGAAACGCCAUUGCUGUACACCAUCAAAAAAUCAGGCUCCAUUGCCUCUGGUGCUCUUCAUCUGGAUGUAGGACGGCAUGGUGUCAUUCGAGCAUUUGGCAAGAGAGAAAUCGACUUUGUUUUUGUACCUACACUACAUGGUCCUUUUGUUGAGCAGCUUAUCGUGAGUAAUAUUCGCGACAAGAACGACACCAACGUGAUCUCCUUGAAGGCCAUGGUGCGUCGGCCUGAAUCGUUUCAGGUCAAGGCGUUGUUGGACCCACUCAGUAUUUAUCCUUACUGCAAGGCCACCUGCGCUGAAAUCCUGAAUAUCACAAACACGAACCAACAAGCUAGAACAUUUGAGAUUCGAAUCGACAAUAAUGAAGGUUUCAAUGACUAUCAUGUGGAAUUCAACAUCAUUCAGCAAGAGUCAACUUUGGUGCUCAAUGAGGAACUGGAAGAGGAGAUCGAAACAAUUGAGCAGAAGCUGAAGAUUGCAAUGCGCAAAGAUCAGCCGGAUAAGAUUAAAAAAUACAACAAGAAGCUGGCCAAACUAAAGCACGCAGAGGAUACAAUUAAAGAGGCAGAAGAAGAUAUAGACAAGGCAGAAGAAGGGGAGCUGCAGGAGGAAUCGCCUCAUCAAGGCAAUCAACAAGCAGCACAUACCAAAGGCGAUGUAUUGAUUGAUUCUGAAACAACAAUCUCAUCCACGUUCACAACAAAGAAGCUUGAUAACUACAGCAUGCUGUUUAGCGUAGAGCCUCAUUCUUCGAGCCACAUCACUGUGUGCUUUAGAGCUUAUAAAUCAGCAAUCGCAACAGCAACAACAAUUCUUGGGCGCAUCUUGGUGUUUGAACACAAGAAUCUGGAUACAGUGAAAUCAUUCCCGUUUACUGCCGUUUUGUGCACAAGUCAUAAGUCCUGUCUUGUUUGA